CCGAGGGACAAAAAGAUACGCGGAAUACCCACAAAAAAGCCCCAAAAACUCUCCCUCAUAUCUACUUCACCUAAUUCUACUUAAUUAACCGCCCCAAAAAUCCAAUCUUUUUCACUUAUUAACAAUCUGAUAAGAUAUUAUUAUUCUAUUCUAUUCUAUUCUUUUUCUUCAACCCCCCCUUUCUUCAUUUGUUGAUCUGCUUUCGUUCUUUGCUCACCAACAAGUUACUGUUGAUGGAACAAAAAACCUUAGUGGGUUUUUGAUUUCAGCCCCUUUAGGUUAAUAAAGACAAUCUUUUUAUGUGUAUAAUUGUGUAUGUAUAGAGAAAGAUAGCAAAAGGGGGUAUCUUUAUAUCUUGUUGUAUAUCGAUAUAUAUAUACACACACACAAACACACACCCAUCUGAUAUAAUUUGUGGGUUUGUUUGGGUUUGGCAUGGGUGGGUGUUUUCCAUGCUUUGGUGAAUCAGAUAAAGGAAAUGGUGUGAAAGAAGUGGUUAAGAAGGAUGCAGGGAAAGAGGGUUCAGUUGGUAAUCAAUCUCAUCAUGUUAGUAGGGUUAGUUCAGGGAAAUCGAAAUCUCGUGUUAGUUUGGAUCCUAAGAAAGAGCAGAUGGUUGUGAAAGAGGGACAGACUGCAAAUAUUGCAGCACAGACGUUUACGUUUCGUGAGCUUGCUACAGCAACCAAUAAUUUUAGGGCUGAGUCGAUGCUAGGUGAAGGGGGUUUUGGGCGUGUUUACAAAGGUCGUUUGGAUAGCACAGGACAGGUAGUUGCAGUGAAGCAGCUUGAUAGAAAUGGUCUUCAAGGGAAUAGAGAGUUUUUGGUGGAGGUUUUGAUGCUUAGCCUCUUGCAUCAUCCAAAUCUUGUGAAUUUGAUAGGUUAUUGUGCGGAUGGAGACCAACGCCUUCUUGUUUAUGAGUUUAUGCCUUUGGGAUCGCUCGAGGAUCAUUUACACGAUCUUCCACCAGAUAAAGAACCUUUGGACUGGAACACAAGAAUGAAAAUAGCUGCAGGUGCAGCCAAGGGUUUGGAAUAUUUACAUGACAAAGCAAACCCGCCUGUCAUAUACCGAGACUUAAAAUCAUCCAACAUUCUUCUUAACGAAGGAUUCCACCCUAAACUCUCUGAUUUUGGACUUGCAAAACUGGGUCCUGUUGGUGAUAAAACACACGUUUCCACCAGGGUUAUGGGCACAUAUGGCUACUGUGCUCCCGAAUAUGCCAUGACUGGUCAACUCACUUUGAAAUCCGAUGUCUACAGUUUUGGUGUUGUUUUUCUUGAACUUAUUACUGGACGGAAAGCCAUUGACAAUACCCGUGCUCCUGGAGAGCAUAAUCUUGUUGCUUGGGCCCGGCCGCUUUUCAAAGACAGGAGGAAAUUCCCAAAAAUGGCCGAUCCAUUAUUGCAAGGGCGUUAUCCAGUGAGAGGGCUUUACCAAGCACUUGCAGUUGCAGCAAUGUGCUUACAAGAACAAGCAGCCACACGACCUCUAAUUGGCGAUGUUGUAACCGCUUUAACCUACUUAGCCUCUCAACCCUACGACCCCGAAGCGGCCCGUACCGAGCGAGCCAGCCGAGGCAGCGGGUCAGGUACUCCCAGAAGCCGUGCCGACCGUAGGAACCCUAGUGAAGGUGGUCUGGACCCUUUUGACGGGUCCAUGCGUGAACCACGCCCCCUCGGGUCCCCUUCUACUGGCAAAAACUCUCCUGAUUACAGAAAAAUCAACACUCGUCCCGAUGUCGGGGAUGGUGAAAGCAGUAACGGGUCGGGUAGGAAAUGGGGUUUGGUGGAUGACCCGGAUUCUCAAAGGGGCAGUCCGGCGAAUACGGGUCGGGCUAGGAACCGGGAUCUUGAUAGAGAACGGGCCGUUGCGGAGGCUAAAGUUUGGGGAGAGAAUUGGAGAGACAGGAAGAGGACAAACACAAGGGGUGGUGGUAGUUUUGAUGCUACAAAUGAGUGAUGGAGUUUAAGGUUGGUUGGUUGGUUGGUUAUCAUGUGUUUGUGUUUUUUUCAUGAGCAAAUAAGAGUGAGUUUGUUGUAGCUCUACUUGCUGGUUGUCUGGUAUGUUGGUUUUAACGAUAUUUGUGGCAGAUAAAAGAGGGGAAGUGCCGUUGACUUUGAGAGGGGGUGUUGACUUUUGUAAAAAAAAAAUGAUAUUUGCUUUGACUGUUGGUGCGAACUUGGUAAUUAUAUCAUGGAUUUGAGUUAACUGAUGUGUCUGUCUGUAUUCAUUUGUAUUUCUUGUAGGUAUUUGAAUAGAUGUUUGUUUUUGUGUACUGUACUAUAUGCAUAUACCUAUAUGGCUGUAUCUAUAUGCUUGUAUCAGAUCUCUGGUUGUAAUAAUCCCGACUAGACGCGGAUUAAUCCCCGAUUAA